AUGAAAUCUUUCCUUAUGUUUCUCCUAUGCAGCACGUGGAGAACAACUGCUAACUUGACCGAGACAGUUCAACACUUGGAUGAAAUACACGUGAGCCUAAACAAGCAUGAGCUUCUUUCUCAGCGUGAAAGACUUCAAGAACAUGAAGGUGAUAUUCUAAAAAGUCUUGAACUCAGUCCACAACGACAAGCCACCUUGGACAGAAUUGAGAGGGAAACGCCAAAAGUUGUGGAGAGACAUUUUAGAGCAGUCGGAGAUACUAUACAGGAAAUCAACAAACAUACAAGAGUGGGAGAUCUGUUGUAUCAAGGCGACAUGGUGUUAUUACCUCAUCAAUGGAGCGAUGUUAUUCACACGGUUGUGAACAAUGCGACAGACAGAAAGAAACGCCAAGCCGUCAAUAUAGACACUCAAGCGACCGCAAUUUGGAAGAACGGACAUGUUGCUUACUCUUUCCAUUCUAACACGAGUGCAAGGAUAAGAAAGCUGUUCAUAAAGGGAAUAUCGGCAUGGCAACAAAGCACUUGCCUGACGUUCUACGAAGAUUAUCAUGCAAGUGAACGCGUCGAAGUGAUUGAUUAUGAUGACGGUUGCUGGUCUAACGUUGGAAAUAUACAUAAAGUGCAGAAAAUCUCCCUAGGCGAAGGAUGUGAUUUGAUCAACACGGUCAUGCAUGAGCUAGGCCAUACUCUCGGAUUCUUCCACACACAAUCAAGAAACGAUCGUGACCUUUAUAUUGUGCUCGUUCUAGACAAUAUCGAGAAAGGCGAGGAGGUGCAGUUUGGCAAAGAAUCCCGUGCCAGAAAUGAAAACUAUGGUAUUCCGUACGAUUAUGGAAGCAUUAUGCACUACGGAUCAAGAAGCUUUUCGGAUAAUGAUGAGCACGUAAUAGUCCCUAUCGACAAGUUAUAUAUAGAAACUUUGGGAUCGCCAUUUAUUGCAUUCUACGAGCUGCUCAUGAUGAAUAGGCUUUAUAGCUGCCUUGGUAAGCGUAUACCAAAAGGUUGCGGAAAAGAGUUGAAAGCCACCACUAAGUACUUAGAAUUUACGGACAGCGUAGGUUAUACUGGAGUAAAACAUGCUAACCAGAUGGAGGAUUUCAUGAUGUGCCACUAUUGGAUAAAGGCUCCUAGGGGAAGAAAAGUCGAGAUAAGGAUCAAAAGCUUCACUCCAGAUAAUAUCGCUGUUGAUGGAUGCUUCCUUGCGGGAUUUGAAAUCAAAACACAGAAAGAUCAGGCCCUGACUGGAUAUAGGUACUGCUCAUCAGCAUAUAAAAAUAGAACGUUCAUUUCGCACAGCAACAUCGUGCCUAUCAUCACAUACAGCAGAGCUUGGAAGAUCAAAACUACGCUUGAAUAUCGAUUGGGUGAUUCGCUUCGCAAUGGUCUAUCGUUCUGUUUCUCAAUUACUCAUUUCAGCUUGAAGUCAGCUACAGCGAAACAGCGCAUGAUUUGGAUCAUGCCUUCUCAUCAUAAAUGUUUGGUUGAUGAAAACUGCUGA